AUGAUGCCAUGGCAUUCACAUCACGUGGCACAACAUGCCCGGCGGAACGCAAGGCUCUCCGAACGGUUUUCCAGCCUCCUUUCAUCAGUGGAUGCCUUGACCGACAGGUGCAUCAGCCUGGAGCUGGGGAUCCAGCAGUUCAAAGGCUCAGUGCCUUCUCAACUGCAGGUGGAGAUGACUUCCCUGAAGGAAGAGUUGUCACAGCUGCUGGAGGACUUCAAGCACCAACAGCAGCAGAGUUUCAGCCAGGUUGGAAGACGUGCAGUCCGCAACGCUCGCAGUGUUUAG